AUGAAGCUUUCUCUUGUCUUCAGCGUGCUCGCAUCCAUGGUGGUUCUCGCUACAGCAUACCCCACUGAAGGAGCUGCUGGCUUCGCGAAACGUUCCAAUGUAGAGAAGCGCGAGGAACUUGGUAUCAAUCCCGCCAACUAUGACUUCACAACGAGCUACAGGAAGAGGGAUGAAGGGAAGCGCGAGGAACUUGACGUCAGUAACGACCACUACUCGAAGAGGGAUGAGGGGAAGCGCGAGGAACUCGACGUCAGCAACGACCACUACUCGAAGAGGGGUGAGGGGAAGCGCGAGGAACUUGACGUCAGUAACGACCAUUACUCGAAGAGGAAUGAGGGGAAGCGCGAAGAACUCGACGUCAGUAACGACCACUACUCGAAGAGGGGCGAGGGGAAGCGCGAGGAGCUUGACGUCAGCAAUGACCACUACUCGAAGAGGGAUGAGGGGAAGCGCGAGGAACUUGACGUCAGCAACGACCACUACUCAAAGAGGGAUGAGGGGAAGCGCGAGGAACUUGACGUCAGCAACGACCACUACUCGAAGAGGGGUGAGGGGAAGCGCGAGGAACUCGACGUCAGCAACGACCACUACUCGAAGAGGGGUGAGGGGAAGCGCGAGGAACUUGACGUCAGUAACGACCACUACUCGAAGAGGGACGAGGGGAAGCGCGAGGAGCUUGGCAUCAAUCCCGCCAACUAUGACUUCACAACGAGCUACACUUGA